GGUCCCGCAAGACGGCAACCCCCACCGACGCACUUGCCCUGAGUCGAAAUCCCACACGAAUUUUAAUUCAUCUGCGGCGGACUGGACUUUUUGUGAACGGCGACAAUCUUCCCUUUCGAACUUCUAGCAAGCCUCUGUCAACAACCGAACAGCCGUCAAAAUGCCUCCCAAGUUCGACCCCAAUGAGGUUAAGGUGAUCACCCUCCGUGCCACCGGUGGUGAGGUUGGUGCCUCGUCGGCGCUGGCUCCCAAGAUUGGUCCUCUGGGUCUGUCACCCAAGAAGGUCGGAGAAGAUAUCGCCAAGGCGACGGGCGACUGGAAGGGACUCCGCGUCACCGUCCAGCUCACGAUCCAGAACCGUCAAGCCGCCGUCUCGGUUGUCCCUACUGCGUCGUCCCUGAUCAUCAAGGCCCUAAAGGAGCCCCCGCGGGACCGGAAAAAGGAGAAGAACAUCAAGCACAACAAGUCCAUCGCCCUCGAGGAGGUCAUUGAGAUCGCAAGGACGAUGAAGUUCAAGUCGUACUCCAAGGAACUGAAGGGUUGCGUCAAGGAGAUUCUGGGCACCGCAUUCAGCGUCGGCUGCCAGGUUGACGGCAAGAGCCCGCGUGAAAUCAACGCGGCCAUUGAUGCUGGAGAGAUUGAUAUCCCGGAGGAGUAAGCGAAACGAACAACGACGAUUCGGGAUUUUUUCUUUGGGGCAUGUGAAUUGGAGUUCAGGCUUGCUUUGAAAACUAGGCUUGCCCAGCCAUGGAAUUUACAAAACGGAAAGGUUAUGGCAUCGUGGUUUCUUACACGCAAACAUGUUCACGAAGUGAAGCGUGAAGCAUGGAGAUGGGCGGCGCCAGGGCGUACAGUGACUUGGAUCGGUGAUGCUCCAUCUGCUCUGCAUACUAUUCCCUCCCACGACGUGGGAGUCCUCCCCACCACCUGGCCUACACUCUGAGAUGACAAAGCUCUCCGUUUGCUGUCUCAAUUUUGGU